AUUCAAUGCAUACUUAGCUUGAGUUCUAAAAACUAAUUUUGUGUAAUCUCUGAGCAGCGCAAUGGCUAUAAGCACCCUCAUUCUGUUGUUAUGCUCCAUUUUAUCACCCAACUUAAUGAAGUCCAUGGCACAUCAGAUCAUUCGAGAUGGCGAAACUAUCACAUCAGCCGGUGAAGAGUUUGAACUCGGUUUUUUUAGCCCCAGUGGCUCUACUAAACGCUAUCUGGGUAUCUGGUACAAGAAAAUAUCUAAUGGGACGGUUAUAUGGGUCGCGAAUCGAGAUGCUCCCGUUAUGAAUACCUCAGGCAUCCUGAGGGUCAGUGACCAAGGACUUUCACUGCAAACAGGUAAUGAAAUUAUAUGGUCAGCAAAAACUUCAAUAUUAAUGAAGAAUCCUGUGGCACGUUUAUUAGGUUCGGGGAAUUUGGUUGUAAGGGAUGAUGAUCAUCACAUGAACAACACAGAAGAUUUUGUGUGGCAGAGUUUUGAUUAUCCUGCGGAUAAUUUGCUGCCUGGCAUGAAGAUGGGAAUAGACUUGGUCACCGGCCUAGAGAGGUACCUCACGUCGUGGAAAAGUGCUAAUGACCCUUCCACGGGGAGUUUCACUGACCGGCUUGAUCCUCAUGGUUUUCCACAGUUCUUUCGGUUAAAAGAUUCUGCCAAAUGGGCGCGGACUGGACCAUGGAAUGGUCGGCAGUUCCCUGGCGCUCCCAAGAGUAAUCAAAAUGGAUUCUACACGGAAAAUUUUGUUUUCAAUGAGAAAGAAAUUUAUUAUAAGUUGGAUCCUGUCAGAGGAACUUCUGCUGAUGUACGGUUUCAGUUGACUCCAAAUGGAGAAAUAAAGUUUCUUGUAUGGAAAUAUCAAGAAAAAAAUUGGUUAGUAUAUGUUACCCUCAUUGUCUCUAACUGUGAGCAGUAUAAAUUGUGUGGUGCUAAUGGUCUGUGUAAAGUUUCCAACUCACCAAGAUGCGUAUGUCUGACUGGUUUUAUUCCCAAAUUCCCCGAGAAGUGGAAAGCAGGAGAUUGGUCUGGUGGAUGUGUUCGUAAAGAAAAACUAGAUUGCGGGACUAAAGCAGGUUUUUUGAAAUAUACGCGUGUUAAGUUGCCAGACACAAGGUAUUCAUGGUAUGACAUGCGAAUGACCCUUGAACAAUGUCGGAGGCUGUGUCUUAAGAAUUGCUCUUGUAUAGCUUAUACUAACACAGAUAUCAGAAGCGGUGGAAGUGGAUGCCUUUUAUGGUUUAAUGAGUUGAGUGAUAUAAAAGGUUACACAGAUGAGGGGGAAGAUAUAUAUGUAAAAAUGGCAUUAUCUGAAUUAGUAAAGAGUCUAAGAUCCAGAGUUAAGCGGCUUAUGUGGAUCAUAUUGAUUCCCACAGUAAUUGCUCUAACAUCCUUGUAUAUGUUAUUGUUAUGGAAGAGAAAGCAGAACAGAAAAGAAAACAUGAAGCUAAGUUCAGAAAGUGUUGCCUUGACGGAACUUGAGAGUGAAGAUAGGGAGUUGCCUUCAGUGGACUUCAAAAGAAUUGUAAAUGCCACCGAUAACUUCUCCCGGAAAAACAAGCUUGGGGAGGGCGGCUUUGGACCUGUGUACAAGGGCAUAUGGAAUGAUGGACAAGAGAUAGCUGUGAAAAGGCUUUCAAAGCAUUCUGGUCAGGGACAGGAUGAGUUCAUAAAUGAAGUUUCUUGUAUCGGAAAACUUCAGCACAGAAAUCUUGUGACACUUCUUGGUUGCUGCACCGAGAAAGGAGAAAGAAUUUUGAUAUACGAAUAUAUGGCUAAUAAAAGUUUAGAUUCAUUCAUUUUCGAUAAUGAAGUAAGAAACUCAAUGGAUUGGCUUCAACGAUCCAACAUAAUAAAUGGCAUUGCCCGAGGACUUCUCUAUCUUCAUCAAGAUUCAAAGCUCAGAAUCAUUCAUAGGGAUCUAAAAGCGAGUAAUAUUUUACUUGAUCAUGAGAUGAAUCCAAAGAUUUCAGACUUUGGCAUGGCCAGAUGUUUUAGAGGAAGCCAAACUGAAGCAUAUACAUCAAGGAUUGUCGGGACAUAUGGUUACAUGUCCCCUGAGUAUGCAAUCGAUGGACAGUUCUCUGUUAAAUCCGAUGUAUACAGCUUUGGUGUUAUACUCAUAGAGAUUGUGAGCGGAAAGAAAAAUAGAUUAUUCGAUCAUGCUGAUCAUAGCUUAAAUCUACUUGGACAUGCAUGGAGGAGUUAUAAUGAAGACAAGCUUUUGGGACUAAUUGAUGAGGUGUUAUUGGACUCCAGUAACCAGAUGGAAUUGUUUCGAGUUAUACAGAUUGGAUUACUGUGUGUUCAAGAAGAUCCAAAUGAUAGGCCAUUUAUGUCCGAGGUGUUACUGAUGUUGAGUAGUAAGAUGCAACUACCUCGUCCCAAGAAACCUGGUUUCUUCAUGGAGAGAACGUUCCAGGACACGGAUCACUUGUUAGAUGAUUCGAAGUUUUCAUCAUGCAAUAGGUCGGCUAUUACCUCUCUUCUACCUCGACAAUACAAUACAAUGGAUAUUACUACCAUCAUUCUGUUGUUCUUUUCCACUGUAACAUCUACCUUGAUAAACUCCAUAGCAAUAGACAGCAUUAGAGCAAAUGAGACGAUUAGGGAUGGUGAGACCAUCACCUCAGCCGGGGGAGAAUUUGAACUUGGAUUUUUCAGCGCUGGUAGGUCUACAAACCGAUAUCUUGGUAUCUGGUACAAGAAAAUAUCCAACGGGACAGUUGUAUGGGUUGCUAACAGGGAUACUCCUAUUAGUAGUACCUUAGGCGUUGUGAGGGUGAAUGACAAAGGAAUCACAUUGCAGGCAGAUGAUGAGAUGAAAUGGUCAACAAAUACGUCUAUAUCUGUAAAGAAUCCUGUUGUGCAGCUAUUAGAUUCAGGGAAUUUGGUGUUAAGGAAUGAAGAUGGUGAUAUCACUACCAGCAAGGAUUUUAUAUGGCAGAGCUUUGAUUUUCCUGGAGACAAUUUGCUACCUGGCAUGAAGCUUGGAUUAGACUUGGUAACUGGCCUAGACAGGUAUAUCACAUCAUGGAAAAGUGUCGACGAUCCAUCUACAGGGAGUUUCACUGACAGACUUGAUCCUAAUGGUUUUCCACAGUUCUUUCUGUCAAAAGGUUCUAUCCCAUGGGUCAGGACUGGACCAUGGAAUGGUCGCCAGUUCAGUUGCAAUCCGGAGAGUAAUCCUAAUGGAAUAUAUACAGAUGAAUUUGUUUUUAAUGAGAAGGAAAUUUAUUAUAAGUUUGAUCUUAUCAAUAAAACUUCGGCUGUCAUUAGGUUUACCUGGACUCCAUAUGGUGAACUGAAGAUGCUUGUAUGGAAUUUUCACGAUCAAGUUUGGAUAGUUUAUAUGACCCUAAAGGUCGGUGACUGUGAUCAUUACGGACUUUGUGGUGCUUAUGGUAUUUGUAACAUCAACAGCUCACCAAGGUGCCAAUGUUUGAGGGGAUUUGUUCCUAAAUUCCCAGAGAAGUGGAGCCGAGUAGAUUGGUCUAGUGGAUGUGUUCAUGAAACCAAACUAGACUGCACAACGGAAACAGGUUUUCUGAAAUAUCCAGGUAUCAAGUUGCCAGACACACGGGAGUCAUGGUAUAACAUGAGAGUUGACCUUGCAGAAUGUGGGAGGUUAUGUCUAAAGAACUGCUCUUGUACAGCUUAUGCGAAUGCAGAUAUUAGAAAGGGCGGAAGUGGGUGCAUCUUAUGGUUCAAUGAUCUAAUUGAUAUUAAAGGCUACUCGGAAGAUGGACAAGAUAUUUAUGUAAGGAUGCCUGCAUCUGAAUUAGGCAGCAUUGAUUUUCCAGGUGAUAUCUGGAGAUCCAGAACAAAGAAGCAUAUAUGGAUCACUAUAAUUCCAAUAGUACCAGCUGGAGUAGUACUUGCUCUAAUAGUUCUCUAUGUCUUGAGGAACAGAAAGCUGAAGAGAGAAGAAAAAUGGAAAUUGAGUUCAAAUUCUCUUGCCCUAAACAAAAUGAAACCUGAAGAUUGGGAGUUUCCUUUAGUUGAUUUUAAAAGUAUUGCAAAUGCCACAGAUAACUUUUCGCCAAACAACCAGAUUGGAGAGGGCGGCUUUGGACCUGUCUACAAGGGCAUAUUAAAAGAGGGCCAAGAGAUAGCUGUCAAAAGGCUUUCAAAGAAUUCUAGUCAAGGACUAGAUGAGUUCAUAAAUGAAGUAUCAUGUAUUGCGAAACUUCAGCACAGAAAUCUCGUGACACUUCUAGGCUGUUGCACAGAGAGAGGAGAAAGAAUUCUGAUCUAUGAAUAUAUGGAAAAUAAAAGUUUAGAUUCAGUCAUUUAUGAUGAAAAACUAAGAAUCUCAAUGGACUGGACAAAACGAUACAGCAUAAUACAGGGCAUUGCUAGAGGGCUUCUAUAUCUUCAUCAAGAUUCAAAGUUACGAAUCAUUCAUAGAGAUCUCAAGGCCAGCAACAUUUUACUUGAUCAUGAUAUGAAUUCAAAGAUUUCAGACUUUGGUCUGGCAAGAUGUUUUUUGGGAAGUCAAAUGGAAGCAAAUACAUCAAGAAUUGUUGGGACAUAUGGUUACAUGUCCCCUGAGUAUGCUAUUGAUGGACAGUUCUCAUUUAAAUCCGAUGUCUAUAGCUUUGGAGUUUUACUGAUAGAGAUAGUGACAGGACAGAAAAACAGAUUGUUCAGUCAUCCCGAUCACAGCUUAAACCUACUUGGCCAUGCAUGGAAAAGUUACAAUGAAGACAAGCUUUUAGCACUAAUCGAUGAGGUGAUCUUGGACUCAAGCAACCAAAUGCAAGUGUUUCGAGUCAUCCAUAUUGGACUAUUGUGCGUUCAAGAAGAUCCUAACGAUAGGCCAGUUAUGUCCCAGGUAGUUCUAAUGUUAAGCACUAAGAUGACACUUCCCCAUCCUACAAAACCUGGUUUCUUCAUGGAGAGAAAAUUACGCGACACAAAUCAGUUAUUGAGCAAAACCAAUUUUUCAUCAUGCAACCAGUUGACUAUUACCUCUAUCCAACCUCGACAAUAGUGUGAGUCUUGUAAUAUUAAUAAACUAUAAUCUUAGACAUUCUUAGUGUAAGUAGACAAGACAAGGAGUCAUGAGGUUGACAAAAUGUGCAUACCAAAAAAUUGCAGCUAAAGAAUAAGUGUUGGAAAGCAGCUGAUGAACCAGCCUAUCUCUUGUUCUUUGAGGGCCAAGGACUUGUAUGGGUGAUUUAUAUUACUUCUACAAAUUACAAUUGCAUAUUUGACAGCAUCAUGUUUAGCUUAGUAAAAACUAAACAUUUGCAA